UGAUGGUGACUUUUACUAAAGGUUUUAGGACAGAUGGGGAAAUAUUUGGACGCGGUCCGUCCUUUCAGUCCACGCGAGACCCUCGGCGCGGCUCGCUGGAGCCAAUAGGAGAGACGAGGACGCAGAAGAGCCAAGAACAUCAUGAGGAGACACGGAAACUUCUCCUUUCUUUGAGGCUCCUGUUGGCGGCGCAUGGGAACCUGCGCUCUGAGGGGGGGAGGGAAGAGGGAAGAGGGGCUGUGCUGCCGCGCGUCUCCGUCCCUCAGUCCGUUGUCAUCCGUAGCAACUUCAGGGCGUCGGGUCGGGAGCGAGAGGACGGUGAAAUUAAAGACUUAAAAAGAGAUGUCGGUGAACGACGCGUACGUGUUCCGGCCCUUCCGCGCCGUGGCCGCGCUCUGCGUCUUCCUCGCGCUCUGCCUGGACGUGGUGGCGUUGCUGAGCCCCUCGUGGGUGACGGCGGAGCGCUUCUCGCUGUCGCUCUGGGACUCGUGCAGGGAAGAGGAGCUCGGCUGGCGCUGCUCGUCCACGCUCUCGGCGGACUGGCAGGUCGCUACCCUGGUGAUGCUCCUAGCGGGGGCUGCGGUGACCCUGGUGGCAUUUGUCAUCGCUCUCGUCACACUGUGCCAAGGGGCACACAGGAAGUGCUAUCGCAUAGUGGCCAUCUUCCUCUUCACUGCAGUGGUUCUGCAGGCCUGCGCUCUGGUCCUCUACCCGAUCAAGUUCAUCGACGGUAAAGUUCUGCAAACGUAUCACGAGUUCAACUGGGGCUACGGCCUGGCUUGGGGAUCCACCAUCUUCAUGCUGGGCGGCGCCAUCCUCUUUUGCGUCCGGGUGGGCGUGUACGAGGAGGCCUUGUACUAAGUCGGAACGCGCGCAUACGAACGCACGCACCCACCGUCCUUCUUGUAGAUGGGGCGGCGGAGACUAUUUUUAACCGGCACUGUCGGCUGACUUGGGAAGGGGAUGGAGUAAGUGGAGCAGCUGCGUGGAGAGCGAUGCUAUCGGGAACGAGCUCCCCGGAGCCCUCGGGAGGGACUCGAGUCAGAGAUUGAGGGCAGUGAUAUUAGCCAUUAUUCUCCUUGGGACUCUGUAGAAUCACCCAUGACUUUGCCUCCAUGUAAGAAGGUGCAACAUUUGUCCCUUCACAAGUUCUUUCUUAGAUUUCUUUUAGAAAAGUUUUUUUUUUU